AUGGCCGCUGCCGACCAGAAAUCGUUCUUGGGGACAUUGUCCCCAUGGAGUACACCGAGAAGUUCGACCCCUCAGCCCGAUCGUUCACUAGGAUCCGAUGUCUUGCACCUGAGAUGGUUCUACGCCGUCGAUUCGCCGAAACGAAAGCCUGUCUUGAUCGAUCAAAAAAAGCCGGACCAGAAGCCACCUCCACCGCCGAAGAAGUUUAUUCCGUUCUCUAUAAAGGAUUCGCAGGCUAUUGAAGCAACCUUCCAGAGAUUAUCGGACGUCGAAGACGCCCCGGGACAUAGCCCAAGGCAGGAGUCAGCACAACAAGUGCCAACCAAGGUUCCCGUGAACGAAGACUAUUUGUUUGAUGUGGAUAUCGAACAGCGAGAGCUCGGCCCGGCUUUUUGGAUAGGCCCUGUCUAUGAAGUUCGUCGGGGAACCUGGUUUUUCCAGGACGGGUCUGGCUUGAGGCCAUGCGAAGAGAACCUGGCGACUCAGCUGGAGGAAGGAUAUCUCAAGUUACGACCAUGGAGGACAGGUUCGCCCGAGACUAGGCAUUCCGAAUUGUCUACAUUUGACGAGCAAGAUUAUAAACACAACCUACAGGGAUUACAAGAUCCAGGCCCAGCCAAGUCGCAUGCCCAGCCCCAGAGUGGGAAUGGAUCGGCUGCACCCCCAACGGAACCCCAGCAGUACCGACUCUUUGGGGCCUACAUGAAUAGAAUCGUCGCUUACCAAGAUACUUCCACAGCCUGGCUCACCACCGAUGACUUUAUGUCGCGGGUCAGUACCACUGUAUAUCAGAAACUAGGCGGCGUCCCCGGGACCAAAGUAGUUCGUGGGCUGGCUGAACCUAAGCGUCCAAAGGAGACCUCCGACUCGAAAGAGUCAGAACGAAAGCUCGCUGAGAAAUUACCAAGCGUCAUCGGCACUGAACCCCACGCAGAGACCAAGAGGCCGAACGAGUCACUUCCGGUGGAUGCAUCUGCAGCUGAAAUCACGACUGGGUUAGAAAGUGCAGAGAAACGGCCAAAGUCGACAUUAGAGCGCCAAAUGUCUUCGCUUGCAGGAGAACUGCAAAAUCCGGCUGAGCUGGAGGAGCAAGCCCGUAGACAGGAAGAGCAGGAGAUGAAAGAAUUGAGAGAAGACGACAAUGAAGAUCGAGAGCGAGAGGUUGAUCAUUUGAUACUGGUGACUCAUGGCAUCGGUCAACGGCUUGGAUUGCGAUUGGAGAGUAUCAACUUUAUCCACGACGUGAACGUGCUGCGGAAGACACUGAAGGGAGUCUACAAGGCCUCUCCAGACCUCCAAGCCCUCAAUUCCGCUUUCGCGGACAGUAAUGGCAACUGUCGGGUCCAGGUACUCCCUGUAUGUUGGCGCCAUCUUCUGGAUUUUCCGUACCGUGGGGUUCGGCAAAACCGUAAAGAGCUUGAUUUGACUGAUGCUGAUGCCCUUGAGGAUGAUGCGUAUCCCAGUCUAGCGGAUAUCACACUAGAAAGUGUCCCUGCCGUACGAAAUCUUAUCUCUGACCUGGCGAUGGACGUUCUUUUGUACCAGAGCGGCUAUUGUGAACAUAUUUCCAAUAUUGUGAAGCAAGAGUGCAACCGAAUUCUCCAACUCUACAAAACGCGCAAUCCGUCUUUCCAGGGGACUGUUAGCCUCUGCGGCCAUUCCCUCGGCAGCGCAAUUUUAUUUGACAUUCUAUGUCACCAGCCUACUGAACCCGACGCUGCAAAACAGGGAAGCCAGCCGGCGGCUCAGGAGAGCGACGACAUUGCGGAACAGCGAAAUCCCGGUCGAAUUGCACUGAACUUCGAGUGUGAAGAAUUUUUCUGCUUAGGGUCCCCCAUUGCUCUCUUUCAAAUGCUGAAAGGGAAGACUAUCGCUGGAUAUUCUCCUCUCCGUACGAGAAAUCCCAACAGCACUCUUGGGGUCGAUAUUGAAUCUACCGUACUUGGUUCCCUAGGGGCUUCUAAAAGAGACUCACGUAACAGCGCCAGGGGUGAGCUAGAUGACAACUCAGCCAUCAUAUCAGCCCCAAAAUGCCGCGACAUUUACAACAUAUUUCAUCCCUCGGACCCGGUAAGUUACCGACUGGAGCCUCUCAUCUCUCCUGCAAUGGCAAGCCUGAAGCCACAACCCUUGCCUUCAGUCAAGAGAAGCCUGUGGGCGGCUUCAGGACAGAGCCUUUCCAUCCUCGGUACUCGCAUGGGCCAGAGUGUGGGUUCUUUGUGGACUAAUUUUACAUCCGGUGUGGCGAGCAGUUUGCUCAACCGCAGCUUGGGCUUGAAUGCCGAAGAUGUCCCAUCAUCCGGCUCACCUCAAGAUUCACAUCGGGACUCCGAGGACCAAUUACCUAUCCUCAUUGACUCCGAUAUCGAGACACUUUACGAUGGGUUCCAAAGGAGCAGAAAUGUCCACAGGAAAGAUCGUGCUCGGUCCUCGGAGGCUGAGCCCGACAUGGAAGCCGAAGACCAGGAGCGGAAAUUGAAAUUUGAAGACGCCAAGGUGCGUUCCCUCAAUUCCAACGGUCGUGUUGACUACAGCAUACAGGAGUAA